UGGCCUAGGACCUUCCAACCCGCUCAAUCUGGUUUCCGGGUUUAUCUUGUCGGGCGACCAUGAGAGGGUUUUGUGACACACUUAUCCACCAUUUCUGAGAGAACCAAAAAUAUUGAAUUGCAAGGAAAAACGCCAUGGGAGGAGUAUCAAGAACUCUCCUUACUUUCUCUUUCUCCUCAAACCUUUUCGCCUUAUCUCGUCUCCCGGCCGCCAAACGCUUCUCUCUCAUCAAACCCACCAGGGUUUUAACAGGGUUUAGGCCUCUUUGCACCGCCACAGCCACAACCACCACCGCCAGCCCCGCCGGCGCGGUUGAUUUCGAAGACGAAGAAGCCCAACCCCUGAAGCACUCGUUGCUUCUUGAGAGGCUGCGGCUGAGGCACCUCAAGAGUAAUGCCAAGCCCCAAGCCAGAACCGGUGGCGGAAAUUCAAUCGGGGAUGCCCAGAGGCAGAGCGAUGAGGGGUUGGGGAGGUCGGAGAGUAGGAAGAAGAGGGAAGUUGGGAGUUUUGGGGAGUUGGGUGUGAGCGAGGAGGUCAUGGCGGCGGUGCGAGAGAUGGGGAUUGAGGUUCCCACUGAAAUCCAGUGCAUUGGGAUACCGGCGGUGUUGGAAGGGAAGACUGUGGUCUUAGGUUCACACACUGGCUCCGGCAAGACUCUGGCUUACAUGUUGCCUCUUGCCCAGCUGUUGAGAAGGGAUGAGGCUGAAAAUGGUAUUCAAAUGAAGCCCAGGCGUCCUAGAGCUGUUGUGCUAUGCCCCACAAGGGAGCUGUCUGAGCAGGUUUUUCGUGUUUCCAAGUUUGUCAGUCACCAUGCAAGGUUCAGGUCUACAAUGGUAAGCGGUGGUGGUCGGUUGAGACCUCAGGAGGAUUCAUUGAAUAACCCAAUUGAAAUGGUAGUGGGUACCCCUGGAAGGGUUCUCCAACAUAUUGAGGAUGGCAACUUGGUUUAUGGUGACAUCAAAUACUUAGUAUUGGAUGAGGCAGAUACCAUGUUUGAUCGUGGCUUUGGUCCAGACAUACGCAAGUUUCUGGUCCCAUUAAAACAUCGCGCAUCAAAACCCGGAGGGCAAGGGUUCCAAACUGUUUUGGUCUCAGCAACAAUGACAAAGGCAGUGCAAAACCUGAUCGAUGAGGAGUUCCAAGGAAUAUUACACUUGCGCACAUCCUCACUGCAUAAGAAGAUUGCAUCUGCUCGCCAUGAUUUCGUUAAGAUUUCAGGUUCUGAGAACAAGCUGGAAUCACUUCUACAGGUUCUGGAGCCAAGCUUAGCGAAGGGAAAUAGAGUAAUGGUGUUUUGUAACACAUUAAGUUCCAGCCGUGCUGUGGAUCACUUCCUCAAUGAAAACCAGAUCUCUACUGUCAAUUAUCAUGGUGAGGUGCCAGCAGAACAAAGGGUUGAGAACCUCAAAAAGUUUAAGAGCAACGAUGGAGAUUGCCCUACAUUGGUCUGCACAGACCUGGCUGCAAGGGGACUGGACUUGGAUGUAGACCAUGUUAUCAUGUUUGAUUUUCCUUUGAACUCUAUUGACUACCUUCAUCGUACAGGAAGAACCGCUCGUAUGGGUGCAAAAGGGAAAGUAACGAGUUUGGUUGCUAAGAAGAACCUUAUGUUAUCAAACCGAAUUGAGGAAGCAAUAAAGAAGAAUGAAAGCUUAGAAUCUCUCAGCGUAGAUAGUGUCAAGAGGGACAUUGCCCGCUCGCGAAUUACUCCACAGAAUGGAAAAUUGGUAAGAGUCUCAAAUCAGAAAAACAAGAGCAGGCCAGCAUUUGCACCUGCAAAAUCUGCAAAACCAUCUUUUCAGUCAUCGAAAUCAGUAAAGCCUUCCAGAGCAAGCAGCUCCAAAAGAGCUCCUUCCAAUGCAAGCAGCUCAAGAAAAGCUCCUUCCGAUGCAAGCAGCUCAAGAAAAGCAUCUUUUAGUGAGAAGAGGCAAACAGAAGGCAGAAGAUCCAGUACUGUUAAAUCAACGCCCUCGAAGUUAAGUGUUGUUGGGUUUAGGGGUCGAGCUUCUUGGUCUAAUAAGAAAGAAUCGUUCGCGUCUGGCUGAUUGUAGUCAAAACUUUAGGGUAUAAAAUGUUUUGUAAUACUUAAAUCUUGAAUGUUCUUUGCUAAAGAAACUGUUGGCAGUCUUGCCGUGGUGCUCAA